GGAGGAGGAGAGGUUCCCCAGAGGAGGAGGACUAGGGAAGAGAAAGGGUUUCUCCAUGGGCUGUCCCGUUGAGGAGCGUGGUGGUGGGGGUCCAGAUCCCUCCUCUUCCUGUAUAGAGCACCCAGUUCAGAUGGACUACAGACCAGACCUCCUGGACCUCAACCAGAGACCCUCCAACAUCAUCAUGUUACGCAUGCUGCCACCCAACGCUACUGCCAACGAGAUCCGUGCCCAGCUUCAGGACCAGGGGAUUGACCCAACAGAGGUUAUGAUUCGCCUGAUGACAAACAAGUCUUCAGGUCAGAGCCGUGGAUUCGCCUUCGUGGAGUUUAAUCACAUACAGGAGGCCUGCCGCUGGAUGGAGACCAAUCAGAUGGUUCUGUCUGUCCUAGACCAGAGGGUGUCUAUGCACUACAGUGAACCUAAACCACGGGCCAACGAGGACUGGCUCUGUAACAAGUGUGGGGUUCAGAACUUCAAGAGGAGAGAGAAGUGCUUCAAGUGCGGUGUUCCCAAAUCAGAGGCAGAGCUGAAACUGCCCCAGCUGAGGGAGUUACCCCUGGGGGGGCAUCAGAUGGAUGGUGCCCAGGGAUUACUGCCCCUCCCUGCCCUUUACCAGCCUGCUGCUGCCACCUCUACUGCCCUCACCAAGGCCGGGGCAACUAACACACAACAGCCUGAGGUGGCCAACGACACUCUGAUCCUGAGGAACCUGGGUCCCCAUACCUCCCUGGAGUCCAUCCUGUCCACUCUGUCUCCCUUCGCUACUCUGUCUCCUUCUAAUGUUCGACUGAUCAAAGAUAAGCAGACACAACUCAACCGGGGCUUCGCUUUCCUACAGCUGUCUACUAUAGUGGAAGCAUCUCAACUGCUCCAGAUCCUGCAGGCCUUACAGCCAACUCUCUCUAUAAACGGGAAGGCCAUCUCUGUCGAGUUCGCCAAAGGAUCCAAACGGGAUGUGUUUCUGACUGAUGGUAGUAGAGUGAGUGCUGCUACAGCUGCCAGUACAGCCAUCGCUGCUGCCCAGUGGUCUGUUACCCAGAAGGCCCAGUCCCUGUCCUCUACCUCCCGGCAUGGUGUGGAUGUGGGGUUGUACCACCAGGGGGCAGCAGUAACCCUGGGAGUCUGUGAAGAAGAGGAGAACCUGGACUACAAGGCCCAGACAGUGGUAACAGUGGUCUCGUCUGAGGCUGUGGUUUCUGGAGUGGACGGCGUACAACUGUCUUUGGGACAAUCACAAGCUCCGCUCAUCACUACGUCAACCACACAGCAGGUAGAGAUAGUGGGUAAGCCUCAGCCUCCUACUCCCACCCACCCUGCCACCCCCGGAACUGCACACGAGUACCAACAAUACCCGGUCCCAGACGUGUCCACCUACCAGUACGAGGAGAGUUCUGGCUUCUACUACGACCCUCUAACUGGACUCUACUACGACCCCAAUUCACAGUACUACUAUAACAGGGUCACUCAGCAGUAUAUGUACUGGGACGGAGAGAAGCAGACAUAUAUUCCAGCUCCCGCCCAAUCAACUGAGACUGUUGUUGCCCCUGGUGAUAACACCGCCCCUUCUAACCCCCCCUCUGCUGCCCUCGGGGGCAAGGAGAAGAAAGACAAGCCCAAAAACAAGACAGCACAACAGAUAGCGAAGAACAUGGAGCGUUGGGCUAAGAGUCUGAACAGACAGAAGGAGAACGUUCGCUCUCUCUCCUCUUCCUCCUCCGUGACCCCUGUGGCCUCUAUGGCUCUUUCCCCUGGUGACACCUGGGCUCCUGGACUCGGUCGCCUUGACGACCGCAGAGAGUCCGCCAGCGCAGACGCCGGAUAUGCUGUCCUGGAGAAGAAGGGGGCGUUGUCUGAAAGAGCUCAGAUCAUCCUGGACCAGCUCAGACACACAGACCACAGAGAGCGCUCCCCUCCUCAGGUGCAGGGUUUGGUGCCGGCCUACAAUGGAGAGACGGACAGCGAGGGAGAGGAAGGAGGAGAGAAGGAUGAGAGGAUGACAGACUGGGCUAAGCUAGCCUGUCUGCUGUGUAGGAGACAGUUCCCCAACAAGGAGGCUCUCAUACGACACCAGCAGCUCUCAGAGCUACACAAGCAAAACCUGGAACAGAGGUCGUCUCAGCAGGAGGGGGGAGCUGCGGAGAGGAGGGAGAAAGGUCUCCCCACCGAACCACCAGACCCCAAGAAGAGGAAGUACAGCCCCCUUGAUGGUACGGCUGGCAGUAGUCUAGGUGCCAGGAUGCUGCAGGGAGGGGUGAAGAAUGGCCUGCUGCUACGUAACAUGCAAGUGGACUGACCUCUAGCCCCUGACUGUUAACCCGCUCCAGGGUGAAGUUUCCCCUAGGUCUGUACAGAUCUUGGAUCAGCUUCCCCUUCCCGAAUCCUAAUCUAUUUUUAUUAUUUUUAAUAAACACUUUUUACCCCUUUUUCGUGGUAUUCAUUUGGUAGUUUGUUUCGUCGCUGCAACUCCCGUACGGACUCUGGAGAGGCGAAGGUCGAGAGCCACGCGUCCUCCGAAACACGACCCUGCCAAGCCGCACUGCUUCUUGACACAAUGCCCAUUUAACCCGGAAGCCAGCCGCACCAAUGUGUUAGAGGAAACACCGUGCGACCUGGUCAGUGUGCACUGCGCCCGGCCCGCCACAGGAGUCGCUAGAGCACGAUGAGGACAUCCCUGCAGGCCGAAACCUCCCCGAACCCGGACGACACUGGGCCAAUUGUGCACCGCCUCAUGGGCCUGCGACACAGCCUUGGAUCGAACCCAGGUCUGUCGUGACGCCUUAGACCGUUGCACCACUCAGGAGGCACCCGAAUCCUAACCAUUUGUGGGAAAAUCUAUAGACAGACAGAUACUAAAAUCUGAUCGCUGCAGAGGAGGCCGAUAUAUGACAUCAACGCUAUAGGAGAUCAAUAUGGAGCUGACCAACAGCGGCACGCCACGGACGAUAGAAAGGACAUUUUUGAUAACCACUGGCAUAAACGAUUCUCAACAAAUAUGAUAUUAUAAUAAAUUUUACAAUAGAAAUAGGCCUUUAAUCUGUUACAUUCACUGAUAACAUUGACUCUACACUAAGAUAUUUGAUGUGGAAACAAGUCUGUGACUUGGCGAACGGUAGUCCUUAAUAAGAGCAUUUACCCGUGAUGUGGUGGUCCCCAGAACGGAAAAGGUUGGGAACCACUGGUCUAUACAUCACCUUUUUUACAUCACCUGGGCGUAUGGUCACCACUCCAGUUCCCUGCAGCUAACCUGGGCGUAUGGUCACCCGAGAUGGCUUGAGCUGAGAAAUUAGUUAAAGACUGCAUUACAGAGAGAAUCAUGUGUUUUACUAGAGAUAGCUUAGGAGUAGAACAAUCCCCCAUUGUCUCUAAAUCAUCCUUGCAACUGGGAAACUAAGCCAGGGUGAACGACAGGAUGAACCCAGAGUGACUUAUGAUGGUCCUUGGUCUGCAUGGGAGGGGUGGAACCAGCCAUGACUAAGCAUUCUUAGUGUCAGCUAUAUGAAGAACUCUGCAUGUCUGUAAAGGUUAGGCUGCUCGGCCCAACAGUCAAUACUGUGGGGUUGACUAGUCUAAUUAUUGCAAUAACUAAUCAAUAUUAAAUAAAGAUGAUUGUUUGAAGAAAUGA